GAAGAGGAGGAGGAGGAGGGAAGAAGAGGCGGCAGCAGCAGCAGCAGCAUGGCGGCCGGGCGCGAGCGGCUGAGCGCGCCGCCGCCGCCUCCUCCUCCGCCGCCUCCAUCUCCUGCCGCUCCCGAGCCGGAGCCCGCGGCCCCGCUGCCCAAAUAGCCGCCCUGCCCCGGGUCCUGCCCCGCCCGGACAGCGCCCGGCCAUGGAGCUCGCCAAACCGGCCUUCCCCGCGCUGCCGCAGGCCAAAGAGGACUCUGAGGAUUGGACCUAUCCCAUGAGGAGAGAGAUGCAGGAAAUCUUACCUGGGUUAUUUUUAGGCCCAUAUUCUUCAGCUAUGAAAAGCAAGCUACCUAUACUCCAGAAACAUGGAAUAACUCAUGUAAUAUGCAUAAGGCAGAACAUUGAAGCAAAUUUUAUUAAACCAAACUUCCAGCAGUUAUUUAGGUAUUUAGUCUUGGAUAUUGCAGAUAAUCCAGUGGAGAAUAUAAUCCGAUUUUUCCCUAUGACUAAAGAAUUUAUUGAUGGAAGUUUACAAAGUGGAGGAAAAGUUCUUGUCCAUGGGAAUGCAGGGAUUUCUAGAAGUGCUGCCUUAGUUAUUGCAUACAUAAUGGAAACAUUUGGGGUGAAGUACAGGGAUGCAUUUACUUAUGUCCAAGAAAGAAGAUUCUGUAUUAAUCCUAAUGCUGGAUUUGUCCAUCAACUUCAGGAAUAUGAAGCCAUCUAUCUAGCAAAAUUAACCAUCCAGAUGAUGUCACCUCUGCAGCUGGAGAGAUCCCUCUCAGUCCCACCUGGCAGCACAGGAAGUUUGAAGAGGAUGCACGAGGAGGAUGAAGAUCUUGGCACCAUGCAGGUGGCAGCAGCACAGAAUGGCUGAGGACAAGAACUGCUGGUAGUGAGAAUUCCUGCCAGGAAAGGUGAAGAAAACUAGGGGAAAACAAAAAAAAAACACACACAAAAACCAGAACAAGAAUUAAUGCAAAACAA